AUGACGAGUGGCUCUCAUCUGUUCCAUGUGGAGCAUUCCCAGUCAUCAUUGAGCCUGCGGUUCCAGCCACUGCGGGCUGCGUUUCGCGAGCACUCGCUGUACCCGCCUCCGGUGGAGAACCCGUUCUUGAAGGAGAGGAACUACAGCCACUGGCACUGGUUCUGCAUCGGCCUGGGUAGCGUGCUGUUGCUGCCUCUGCGCAUCUUCCUCCUGCUCCUGAUUGUCAUUAUCGCGUGGCCGUUGACCGUUGCGGUCACCGCCUUCUACCCGAAAAAACAGAGCCAGCCCCUACCGAAGUGGAGGAGGAGGCUCACCAAAAUCCUGGUGCUAGUGCUGUGCCGGUCCCUUUUCUUUAUUUUGGGCUUCCUGGUAAAGGUGAAAGGGGAGCGGGCUUCCUCCCUCGAGGCGCCCAUCUUGGUGGCUGCCCCGCAUUCUUCCUUCUUCGAUGGCAUCGCCUGGGUCUUCACCGGCCUGCCAUCCAUUGUGUCGCGGCAGGAGACCGCCCGCGUCCCGUUGGUUGGCAGGAUAGUGCUGAUCGGGCAGCCCGUGCUCGUGUCCCGCUCCGACCCAGAUUCCAGGAAGAACACCGUUAACGAAAUUAAAAAACGCGCUACUUCCUCAGGUAUAUGGCCUCAGAUCCUGAUUUUCCCCGAAGCCACCUGCACCAACCGCUCGUGUCUGAUUACUUUCAAACUCGGAGCCUUCCUUCCUGGAGUCCCAGUGCAGCCAGUAUUGCUUCAGUACCCCAACAAAGUGGACACGGUGACCUGGACCUGGCAGGGCUAUUCUGCUCCCACACUGGUCCUGCUAACCCUCACACAGCUGUUCACAAAGAUGGAAUUGGAGUUCAUGCCUGUUUACAUCCCUGACAAUGAAGAGAAAAAGGAUCCUUCCCUUUAUGCCAGAAGGGUACGGAAUGUCAUGGCCAAUGCCCUACAUUUGCCAGUCACAGAUCAUACCUUUGAAGACUGUAGAUUGAUGAUUUCGGCAGGAAAGCUGACAUUGCCUAUGGAAGCUGGCUUGGUGGAAUUUACAAAAAUUACCCAGAAGUUGAAAUUGGAUUGGGAUACUAUCAAAAACCAUUUGAUUGAAUAUACAUUGAUUGCGGCUAAAUCAAAAGGAGGUUCCAUCGGAAUCGAAGAGUUUGCUAAUUAUUUAACGCUUCCAAUUUCAGAUUCCCUGAAGCAAUUAUUUGAACUCUUUGACAGGAACCAUGAUGGUACUAUAGACUUUAGAGAAUAUGUGAUUGGGCUCUCAGUCCUAUGCAACCCAGCCAACACAGAAGAACUUUUAAGGUUGGCUUUUAGGCUUUUUGACAUUGAUGAGGAUGGCUAUGUAACAGAGGAAGAAUUUGCCAGAAUUCUAGAGGCAUCUUUUGGCGUGAGAGACCUUGAUGUUUCAGCAAUCUUCCAGGAAAUAGCCAAAGAAGAUUCAAAGCACAUUUCCUAUUUUGAAUUUAAAAGUUUUGCUCUGAAUCAUCCACAAUAUGCCAGAUUGUUUAGUACUUACUUAGAACUCCAGGCAAGCCACAAGAAUCGGAAAGAUGACAGUCAAAACUGCUUAAAGGAGAAGUCAUUGUACAAGGUUCAACAGCGCAUCAUAAGCUGCAGAGAAGUUUGUGCUAAAUUUGAACUUCAUCAAUUCAACAAAAACAAAACUGCCACAAGUGAGAGGACUGCUAAAAACAGGAACUUUACAAGACGUGGCUACUCCAAGUGCCCCCUGCACACUGCCUUCUUGGUGAUCGGCGAGGGAGAUUCCAAUACAAGGGUCCCACAGUCGGGCAGGAAUGAUUCUCGGGGAUGA